UUCACAUUGAUUGAUGUGGGGACAUCAGCCACAAUGAGGAGCUCCGCUACCUUUCUGGCAGCCACUCUCUCGAUUGUCAUUUUUCUCCUUCUAAUUCCACAAGAUCUCUGUGUAGAAAUUAUUGGAGGAGAUCCAGUGACUCCUCACUCAAGACCCUACAUGGUGCUACUUAAAGGGGGAGAGAUCUGUGCCGGGGCUUUGAUUGCAAAAGACUGGGUAUUGACGGCAGCUCACUGUAAACUGAACAAGAGAUCCGAGAUCAUCCUUGGGGCUCACUCAAUAAGCAAGAAAGAGCCUGAAAAACAGAUCAUGUCCGUUAAGAAAGAGUUUCCCUAUCCAUGCUAUGACCCGGACACACACGAGGGUGAUCUUAAACUUCUAAAGCUGAACAAAAAGGCAACAAUUAAUAAAAACGUGGCUAUCCUUCAUCUCCCUAAAGUGGGAGACGAUGUGAAACCAGAAACUACCUGUCAAGUUGCAGGGUGGGGGAAGUUUCACAAUAAUUCACCUCCGUCUGAUAUUUUGAGAGAAGUCAAUGUCACCGUCAUAGACAGAAAAGUCUGCAAUAAUGAAAGGCACUAUAAUUAUAAUCCUGUGAUUGGACUGAAUAUGAUUUGUGCCGGACGCCUCCAAGGUGGAAAAGACUCUUGCAAUGGAGAUUCUGGAAGCCCUUUGAUAUGUGGAGGCACUUUCAGAGGCAUCACUGCCUUUGGCCUUCCAGGGAAGUGCGGAGACCCUCGAGGACCUGGCGUCUAUACUCUUCUCUCAAAGAAACACCUCAACUGGAUAGCUAAGACCAUGAAGCAUGCAGUUUAGAUCACUGUAUUUCAUUUCAUUUGCUGUCCCUUCUUUUCUGUUAAGUUUUUAUUGG